AUGGCGACUACCCUAUCUUCGCUCUCCCCUCCAGCUGCGUUGCCAGUGCUGCCCACACAGCCAGCGCUUUGCGACCUGACCCGAGUAGAACGAAUCGGCGCCCAUUCACAUAUCCGCGGACUUGGCAUCGAUGAGCGUACCUUAGAGGCCCUGCCGGCCUCAGCCUCGGAGGGCAUGGUUGGCCAGGCCUCGGCCCGCAAGGCUGCCGGGAUGAUCCUUCGGCUCAUCAAGGAAGGUAGAACGGCUGGGCGGGCCGUGCUAAUUACCGGUGAGCCGGGCACAGGAAAGACUGCGCUUGCUUUGGGAUUGGCUCAGAGUCUUGGUCCAGAGCGUGCCACACCAUUCACACCGCUCUCUGCAUCGGAGCUCCUCUUUUCGUUGGAAAUUAGCAAAACAGAGGCUUUGACACAGGCAUUCAGGCGCUCCAUCGGCAUCCAGAUCAAGGAGCUCAAUCAGAUUGUCGAGGGCGAAGUUGUAGAGGUUAUCAUUGAUGAGCCUAUUGGUGGAGCGGCACCUACAGGCCGUGUGACCCUUAAGACCACUGACAUGGAGGCCGUCUUUGACCUUGGCGCUAAAAUGGUUGCGUCCAUGAUGGGUGGUUCCGGGUCACGCAUCACCGCUGGGGACAUUGUCUCCAUCGACAAAGCAAAUGGCAGGCUGACGCGGCUUGGGCGCUCGUAUGCUCGAGCUCGUGAUUUUGAUGCUUGUGGCAAUCCUGCAGCCACAAAGUGGCUGCCCACUCCAGAGGGAGAGCUCAUACAGGAACGGUUGGUAACUCACCUCGUCACGCUGCAUGACAUUGAUGUCGUCAACAGUCGCGCAGGCGGUUAUCUUGCUCUUUUUUCAGGCGAGACCGGUGAAAUUAAGCCAGAAACGCGCGCAGCAAUUGACGAACGUGUUGCCGUGUGGCGCGACGAGGCCAAGGCUGAAAUCAUUCCCGGGGUGCUGUUUAUUGAUGAGAUCCACCUUCUGGAUGCCGAAUGCUUUUCCUUCCUCAAUCGAGCACUAGAAUCUUCGAUGGCACCAGUACUUGUGAUGGCGACUAACAGGGGUAUCACCGCCAUCCGGGGCUCCGAGGGCCGUUCUUCGCUUCACGGCAUGCCCUCAGACCUGCUUGAUCGUCUCCUCAUCAUCACUACGAACUCGUAUUCCAAAGACGAGCUUUCACAUAUUCUCCAGCUACGGGCUCAGGAGGAAGACGUCCGCUUGGGAUCAGAUGCUUUGAACGCACUUGCGGAAAUAGCCGUAAAAAGCUCCCUCCGCUAUGCCACGCAAUUGAUUGCACUGAGCCAGGCCAUUGCCCGAGGCGCGCUGGAGCGAGCUCCGCAUUCUUCCAAGAAGGCACAACAACACGAGGAUCCUGCGGUGACGACCCAGCACAUUGAAACGGCAUUUUCCCUCUUUUUAGAUGAGAAGCGCUCCGUUGAAUACUGCAAGGAUAUCCCUAUGGUUCUUUAG